UCCUUCCCCAAAUUAAUUCAAGGAUUAGCCUCGCUCUCUUUUGUGCUGCUUUCUUCAUUAUAUUUUCAUUCUCUAAUUCCCAAAGUUUCCAACUGUCACUCUGACUUUGACGUUUCUCUCAUACCCAUUUUCUCCCAAAUGGAUUCUAUCCAACUUCAGGUUCCAAAGAUUGAGAUUAACCCACAUGGCUUCGACUCCAUACAGUACUAUCAAGACCCAUUUCAUGAGAAUGUUUCAUUAGAAGAACAUCUACAGCUUGACAAUUUCUUUGAGUUCAAUUCAAUCCCUUUGGAAUGGAACCAGAACCAACAUGCCCACAUGGGUUUCCAAGGUUUUGAAGAUUUAGGCAGCUGGGAUUUCAUGUUGGACAAUACUGAUUUCACAUCACCUUGUGAUUAUGUUGUGGUUGAUGAAAAGCCUGUGACCACCAUGGUGGAUUCUUUUGAUUUCUCCAACAACCCUACAAGUGAUUUGGAUGAAGCUUCAAGAAUGGCUGACUGGCGGAUUGUAAGUUGGGCCAAACAUGAAGAGGAAAGCUGGGCAAGUAAUGGGAUUUAUAAUAAGAAGAAGUCUGCUGCAUUGGAAUUGGAUGAGAUACAAAAGUACUUUGACCUCCCCAUCACUCAAGCAGCCAAGAAAUUGAACGUGGGAUUGACUGUUCUGAAGAGGAGGUGCAGGGAAUUAAACAUCAUGAGGUGGCCACACAGAAAGAUUAAGAGCUUGAAGGCUCUGAUUGAAAAUGUUAAGGGUUUGGGAUUGACCAAUGAGCUAAAGAUGCUGGAGGAGCAGAAAAAGCUUCUAGAGCAACUGCCAGAUAUGGAGCUAACAGAGAGAGCCAAAAAGCUGAGGCAGGCUUCUUUCAAAGCCAAUUACAAGAUGAAGAGGUCUUUGAUCACUGCUCGUCCAUGACUUUAUCAUCAUUCAAAUAUAUCAAUGUCAAACAGAAAUAUCUUUUCUCUGUUAGCAGACUAUUAAGACCACAUAUGUUUAGUUAAUAUCCACACAAACAUUAAACAGAUGAGAAAAUCAGGACACAUAUAUGGUAGGAACGGUCAGAUUGAUGUUUCUAUUUUUGAUCAAUCAUCCAUCUCCUUGCCUGCUAUUGUGAUCAAAGCUUGUUGAAUGUGUUUUCAUCUCUCCAUUACAGAUUUUCUCUUGUUUUUAUCAGUUAUCCAUUUUCUGUAGUAACUGUUAAAGACUGAUCAACUUGCUUUUCUAUGAGCAAAAGUUCAGUAAUUU